ACCUGAGGCGGAUGACUGCAGGCUUCAUGGGCAUGGCUGUAGCCAUCAUUCUGUUUGGCUGGACGAUAGGUGUUCUGGGAUGCUGCUGGGAUAGAGGACUGAUGCAGUACGUGGCAGGAUUACUGUUCCUCAUGGGAGGCACCUUCUGUAUAAUCUCUCUCUGUACCUGCGUGGCGGGGAUCAACUUCGAGCUGUCCCGUUAUCCUCGCUAUCUGUACGGCCUGCCGGACGACAUCGGCCACGGCUACGGCUGGUCUAUGUUCUGCGCCUGGGGAGGUCUGGGGCUCACCCUCAUCGCUGGUUUCUUCUGUACCCUGGCUCCCUCCGUCCAGCCCAUCCCUCGAUCCACCUGCCCCAAGUCGAGGCAGGAGAACGGGACGGUCUGCUAGAGGGACUGGGAUGGAGGAUAGAGGGACUGGAGGUCCAGUCCUAGAUAGAUAGCUGACUGCACCUUUAACCACACAGGACAGCCAUAACAAAAGAGAAUUUAA